UGCGAGGCAACAAAGUCAAGAUAGCUUCCUUCAGAUCUGCUGGUGCACAGCUUAAGUACCUGUCCCUCGGCAUCGACCACCUUCGGCGAGCACCAGCACUUUCAAGCUCAGAGCAGAAAUAUCUCACUCAAGCGAGGAAGUUGCGAUGCUUCAGGAAACUUGUAACGGUGGUAGCUCGCGAUUGUUCAUCCAUGCAACCAUCAUCACCGUCAACAGAGCUCGAGAGAUUAUCCUGGACGGGGCACUUCUCGUCCGAAACAAUCGCAUCACCGCAAUUGACAAGACCGAUGUCCUCACUUCAGACACAGACGAAACGACUGAAAUCAUUGAUUGCACGAACAAGAUCAUCAUUCCCGGCUUAAUCAACACACAUGCCCACCUUGCGCAGUCUUUACUUCGAGGCUUAGCAGAGGACCUUCCAUUACACAGCUGGCUCUGCGACGCCAUUUGGCCGCUGGAAGCUAACUACGCUGAGCAAGAUGGUCACACAGCUUCGGUGCUCACAAUAGCGGAGAUGCUAAAGACCGGAACUACAUGCUUCCUCGAAGCUAUGUUGACGCAUCGUAGUGGACUCGACAACGUCGUCAGGGCUGUUCAGGAGACAGGGAUACGAGCAUGUCUGGGCAAACUAGUCAAAGCUGUCGAAACAAACCCGGACCUGAACAUGAGAGAUCUAAGAGACCGCGAUGUAGAGUCCAUGUCCAUCGAAACUGCACUACAAGCCCAUGAAACCCAUCAUGGGUCUUGCGAAGAUCGUCUGCACAUGUGGCUCUCAGCAGGCACGCCACGUGGCUCGCCGAUGUCUGCACAUGCCGCAAUAGGCGAGGCAGCAAGAGCGCACAACAUCGGCCUUACCAUGCACUGCGCCGAAGCACCCAAGGAUCUCGCCAUAUAUCGAAACUCGUACAACUGCAGCCCCUUCCAGUUCUGUCAGACUACCAAUCUCACAGGACCUAAGAGCGUCUUUGCACAUUGCGUACAUCCAGAUCCAGCAGAAGGCGACUUCGACAUCCUCCGCGAUACUCAAAGCACUGUGUCGCACAAUCCAACGAGCAAUCUCAAGCUCGGCUCGGGAGUCGCGCCGAUUCCCGACAUGCUCGUUGCCGGCGUCAAUGUGGCUCUAGGCACUGAUGGCGCGCCGUGCAACAACACCUACGACAUGUUUCGGGAGAUGCAUCUGGCGUCUAUCCUGCAUGGAGGUGUCCGCGAACACGCGGGUAUUAUUACGGCGUAUCAGGUGCUUGAGAUGGCGACAAUCAAUGGUGCGCGGGCGUUGGGGUUGGAAGAUCAGAUUGGCAGCUUGGAGGUAGGCAAAAAGGCGGACAUCGUUAUUGUUGCGCUCAAGGGCGUUGGUAGUGCGCCUUGGGAUCCUGAGCAAGUGCUAGAGGGCGGAGUUGAUCCGGUUACAACUUUGAUCAAUUGCUCAGGCAAUGAGGUGGAGUAUGUCAUGGUCGAUGGGAGAGUGCUAGUCAGUCAAGGCGAUCUUUUAGGCAUUAAGGAGAACGAGGUGGUCGCGAAGGCGAAAGUCACGAUCAAGAGGAUACGAGAGAGAAGUGGUAUUAGAGCAAGAAGCCAUAUGGAAGUGGGGUACAGGUAAAUCGUUGGACAGUGUGCUAGUCUCCUCCGCGAUUUCUGUUCAUUUACCUGAUUGCAUGUCAAACUUGAUGCCGAAUGAGGUCAGGUAAUCAUUAGUAAUAACCCGAUUUGAUCCAUAACUAGGACACCUCUGAGGGACCAAGAGUAUCACCGGGCGCUUCAAGCCAGACAAGAUAGUCCUGCCACCAUUCUCGAAACAUACGUGGCUUCAGAACACCCUUCUUCGCUAAAUCCACAUUGUUGAUGCUCGUUUUCCACAGGAUCCAAUGUCCAGGGUAGCCAGUGAAAGGCUUGAAGAGCCUGUCCCUCACCGGACAAAAAACGUUU